AUGGCCAAAUCAAAGGUUUCGGACAACAAACAUCCAACUACAAUGCCAAAAAUGGAAAUGAAUGCCCUUAGCGAUUGGAGCAAGAUUGACCUCAACACAUUGUUAAGUCUUAAGAAUUCUAUAAGCAUUAAGAAGAUCAUGUUCCUGGCAGACUCAAAAAUUGUGUUGAAAUGGCCCUACUCAAAUCAUCACAAAACAGUGCCAUACGUCUCCAACCGGGUGCGGGAGGUUCACAACAUUGUACAGUCACUAACACAUAUGGCAGGCAAAGUAGAAUUUGGCUCUAUCGAGACCAAGUGGAAUCCGGCAGACAUUGGGACACGUGGAGCAUCCGCACAGGAAAUUUUGUCACAUUCUUUCAAAGGAAUAGAAGGAGAAGAAGAAACGGAAUGUGUCUCUCCAGUAUAUGCUAUAAGACUACUCAUGAAGGGAAGAGUCGAAGAUAUCUACGACCUAACGAGAGAAGUGGAGGUGACCAACAACAAAAAGACGCUCCGACGUCCACUUAACCAGCUUAUCCCCUUGGAGAUCAAAGAUAGCGAUGAAAAACCUCGGCAGGAGCAAUUCAGGGCUCAUUUAGAAAAUAACGGUGUCGCGAAUUUUUGCCGAUGUAUAUGGAAAGAAAUCGAAUUCCUCGGAAAUCUCAAACGGCAAAUAAUAGGUAACGAGAUCACAGAAGCACAGCUUCAAGAAGAAAAUGAAGAACACAAGAAAGCAUUCGAUGACAUAAAAGAGAUGAUAAUGGAAACACGUGAAUACCUCGAAGAGAAACACGCGAAUCUUCAGCAUGAGAUCAACAAUUAG